AUGCUCGGGCACCCAGGCAGCACAGCCGUGGAGAUUUCCUGCAGGAUCCGUCCCCAACUGCCCAAAGAGAAAAUAGAGGGAUGUCACAUCUGCACCUCAGUGACGCCUGGUGAGCCCCAGGUGCUGCUGGGGAAGGACAAGGCCUUCACCUACGACUUUGUAUUUGACCUGGACACGUGGCAGGAACAGAUCUACACGACAUGCGUGGGCAAGCUCAUCGAAGGCUGCUUUGAGGGCUACAAUGCCACUGUGCUGGCUUAUGGGCAGACUGGUGCAGGGAAGACGUACACCAUGGGCACCGGCUUCGAUGUGAGCACCUUGGAGGAGGAGCAGGGCAUCAUCCCGCGCGCCAUCGGCCACCUCUUCAGCGGCAUCGAGGAGCGCCGGCAGGCAGCGCUGAGCCGGGGCCGGGCAGCUCCCGAGUUCAAAGUUAGCGCCCAAUUCCUGGAGCUCUACAACGAGGAGAUCCUGGACCUGUUCGACAGCUCCCGUGACCCAGAUGCACGCCACCGCAAAUCCAACAUCAAAAUCCAUGAGGAUGCCAGCGGGAGCAUCUACACCACGGGGGUCACAUCACGCCUCAUCAGCUCACAGGAGGAGCUGAUCCAGUGCCUAAAGCAGGGGGCUCUUUCCCGCACCACUGCCAGCACCCAGAUGAAUGUGCAGAGCUCCCGCUCCCAUGCCAUCUUCACCAUCCACCUCUGCCAGAUGAGAGUGUGCACCCGCCCAGACCUGGUGAAUGGGCAGGUGACCACCCUCCUGGAGGGAGCCCAGGCUGCCACUGAGUACGAGACCCUCACGGCCAAGUUUCACUUCGUAGACCUGGCUGGGUCGGAGAGGCUGAAGAGAACAGGGGCCACCGGCGAGAGAGCAAAGGAGGGCAUCUCCAUCAACUGCGGGCUGCUGGCUUUGGGGAAUGUCAUUAGUGCCCUUGGAGACCAAAGCAAGAAAAUUGUGCACGUGCCCUACCGCGACUCCAAGCUGACCCGUCUGCUGCAGGAUUCCCUGGGGGGCAACAGCCAAACCAUCAUGAUUGCCUGUGUGAGCCCUUCUGACCGGGACUUCAUGGAGACCCUGAACACGCUCAAGUAUGCCAACCGAGCUCGCAACAUCAAGAACAAGGUGGUGGUGAACCAAGACAAGACAAGCCAGCAGAUCAGUGCCCUGCGGGCCGAGAUUGCCCGCCUGCAGAUGGAGCUGAUGGAGUAUAAGGCGGGCAAGAGGGUCAUUGAGGAGGAUGGCUCAGAGGGCUACAGCGACCUUUUCCAGGAGAAUGCCAUGCUGCAGAAGGAGAACAGUGCCCUGCGCAUGCGGGUGAAGGCCAUGCAGGAGGCCAUCGACGCCAUCAAUAGAAGGGUCACCCAUCUUAUGAGCCAGGAGGCCAAUCUCCUGCUGGCCAAGGCAGGGGACAGUAAUGAAGCCAUUGGUGCCCUCAUCCAGAACUACAUCCAUGAGAUCGAAGAGCUGAGGACGAAGCUUCUGGAGAGUGAGUCUAUGAACGAGUCUCUGCGUCGCAGCCUCUCGCGUCUCUCUGCCCGGCCCCCCUACUCCAUGGGCUCAUCCCCAGCAGCCGGCCUGGCUGGCCUCUGCAGCCCUGGAGCUCCAGGGGAGGUGGAGGCCUCUGAUGUGCUCCAACGGGCCAAGCAGGACCUGGAGCGCCUGAAGAAGAAAGAGAGGAGGCAGCGGAAGAAGAGCCCAGACAAGGAAGCACUUAAGAAGCGGCAGAAACUGCAGCAGGACAAUGGAGAGGAGACAGAUGAGAAUGAGGUGGAAGAGGAGGAGGAGGAGCAGGAUGAGAGCGGCUGUGAGGAAGAGGAAGGACAUGAGGAUGAAGAUGAGGACUCGGGCAGUGAAGAGAGCCUGGUGGACUCAGACUCAGAUGCAGAGGAGAAGGCUGUGAAUUUCCAGGCUGACCUGGCAGAUCUGACUUGUGAGAUAGAGAUCAAGCAGAAGCUGAUUGAUGAGCUGGAGAACAGCCAGCGACGGCUGCAGACCCUCAAGCACCAGUAUGAGGAGAAGCUAAUCCUGCUGCAGAACAAGAUUCGGGACACACAGCUGGAGCGGGACCGGGUCCUGCAGAACCUCAGCACUAUGGAGUGCUACACUGAGGAGAAAGCCAACAAGAUCAAAGCAGACUAUGAGAAGCGGCUGAAAGAGAUGAACCGGGACCUGCAGAAGCUCCAGGCAGCCCAGAAGGAGCAUGCUCGCCUGCUCAAGAACCAGUCCCGCUACGAGCGGGAGCUCAGGAAGCUGCAGGCAGAGGUGGCCGAGAUGAAGAAGGCAAAGGUGGCACUGAUGAAGCAGAUGCGUGAGGAGCAGCAGCGGCGGCGGCUGGUGGAGACCAAGAGGAAUCGAGAGAUUGCGCAGCUCAAGAAGGAGCAGCGGCGGCAGGAGUUUCAAAUCCGGGCUCUGGAAUCUCAGAAGCGGCAGCAGGAAAUUGUGCUGCGGAGGAAAACCCAGGAGGUUUCAGCACUGCGCCGUCUGGCCAAGCCCAUGUCAGACCGGGUGGCCGGCAGGGCCAGCCAGAAGCCAGCCAUGUCCGAUUCAGGCGCAGAGGUCUCAGCCAGCACGACGUCCUCUGAGCCCGAGUCUGGGGCUCGCUCUGUCUCCAGCAUCGUGCGCCAGUGGAACAGGAAGAUCAACAACUUCUUGGGUGACCCUUCAUCCUCUGUGAAUGGGGUUCGGCCUGCCAGGAAGAAGUUCCCCAAGAAGGGGGUGAGCCAGACCUUCAGCAAAGCUGCCCGCCUCAAGUGGCAGUCACUGGAGCGGCGCAUCUUUGACAUCGUCAUGCAGAGGAUGACCAUUGUGAACCUGGAGGCCGACAUGGAGCGGCUCAUUAAGAAACGUGAGGAGCUGGCACUGCUUCAGGAAGCGUUGCUGGGCAAGAGGGUGAAACUGCAGGCAGAGAGUCCCAAGGAGCAGAAGGGGCUGCAGGAGCUGAAUGAGGAGAUUGAAGUGCUGGGGGCCAACAUUGACUACAUCAAUGACAGCAUUUCUGACUGCCAGGCCACCAUUAUGCAGAUUGAGGAGACCAAGGAGGAGCUGGACUCCACAGACACCUCAGUGGUGAUCAGCUCCUGCUCCCUGGCUGAAGCUCGGCUCCUGCUGGACAACUUCCUGAAGGCCUCCAUAGACAAGGGACUGCAGGUGGCACAGAAGGAGGCCCAGAUCCGCCUGCUGGAGGGUCGCCUGCGGCAGAUGGACAUGACUGGCUCUUCGCAGAAUCAUGCCAUCCUGGAUGCCCUGCGGGAGAAGGCUGAGUCACAUCCUGAACUGCAGGCCCUGAUCCACAACGUUCAACAAGAGAAUGGCUACACCAGCACGGACGAAGAGGUCUCAGAGUUCAGCCUGGCUUCAGAUGGGAGCAUAUCCCAGUCUUUCACCAUGAAGGGCUCAGCAAGCCAGGAUGACUUUAAAUUCAAGGGAGAGCCGAAGCUCUCAGGGCAGAUGAAGGCAGUGUCGGCUGAGUAUCUAGGACCCACGCUGGACGUCUCCACCAAGAACAUCACCAAGUCCUUGGCAUCCCUCAUGGAGAUCAAAGAGGAUGGGAUCAGCUUCUCCAUCCGAGACUCCUAUUAUAAGGAGAAGGUGUCACGCACUGUCAGCCUGCCCACUCGAGGAAGCACCUUUCCCAGGCAAUCUCGUGGCUCGGACAUUUUGCCUCUGACAAGGAGGAAAUCCUAUGACCGUGGGCAACCUGCCAGGCCUCCAGAUGUUGGCUUCACACCUCCUCCAUCCCCACCCACCCGUCCACGCAACGACCGCAAUGUCUUCUCUCGUCUCACGAGCAACCAGAGCCAGGGGUCUGCCUUGGAUAAGUCUGAUGACAGCGAUUCCUCUGUCUCGGAGGUGCUGAGGGGCAUCAUUAACCCGGUGGGUGGCACCAAGAACGCCCGGACAGCGCCACUGCAGUGUGUCUCCAUGGCAGAGGGACACACCAAGCCUGUGCUCUGCCUGGAUGCCACCGAUGAGCUGCUUUUCACUGGGUCUAAAGAUCGGAGCUGCAAAAUGUGGAACCUGGUGACAGGCCAAGAGAUUGCUUCCCUCAAGGGUCAUCCAAACAACGUGGUUUCCAUCAAGUACUGCAGCCACACAGGGCUGGUGUUCACCGUGUCCACAUCAUACAUCAAGGUGUGGGACAUCCGGGACUCGGCUCGGUGCAUCCGCACCCUCACAUCUUCUGGACAGGUGAUUUCUGGGGACGCAUGUGCUGGGACCACCACCCGCAUGGUCACCAGUAUGCAGGGGGAGCACCAGAUCAACCAGAUUGCUCUCAAUCCCACUGGCACCAUGCUCUAUGCUGCUACUGGUAACUCCGUCCGCAUCUGGGAGCUGAGCAGGCUGCAGCCCAUCGGGAAGCUGAGCGGCCACAUCGGGCCUGUGAUGUGUCUCACGGUGAACCAGACGUCGAGCAACCAUGAUCUGGUGGUCACAGGCUCCAAAGAUCACUAUGUCAAGGUGUUUGAGAUUGCAGAGGGCACGGUGGGCAACAUUGGCCCCACUCACAACUUCGAGCCCCCUCACUACGAUGGCAUUGAGUGCUUGGCCAUCCAGGGGGACGUUCUCUUCAGUGGCUCCAGGGACAACGGCAUAAAGAAGUGGGACCUGGAGCAGCAGGAACUUAUCCAGCAAAUCCCCAAUGCCCACAAGGACUGGGUCUGUGCCCUGGCGUUCAUCCCUGGCCGCCCCAUGGUGCUGAGUGCCUGCCGAGGAGGCAUGAUCAAGGUCUGGAAUGUGGACACCUUCACCCCUGUUGGGGAGAUCAAAGGGCAUGACAGCCCCAUCAAUGCUAUCUGCACCAACUCCAAGCAUAUCUUCACUGCCUCUAGUGACUGCCGGGUAAAGUUAUGGAGUUACGUGCCUGGGCUCACCCCUUGCCUUCCACGACGCGUCCUUGCCAUAAAGGGCCGUGCUACUAGUCUGCCUUGA